CCGACCAGACAGCAGACGAGAGUGGACUCUGGUCAGCCGCAGUGCAAGACUUUCAGUCAGCAAUAUGGGGAAACUGCUAGUCAUCGCUGUUGUUUGUGUGCAGCUGUGCUGUGCACAGUACCCGAGAUACCUUCGUUUCCCGGUUGGCAGAGGUGACGACACUACAUGUCAUGACAACCAGGUUGACAAGAAGUACGACAUCGGUGAUGUUUGGAGCUCCCCAUUCUCUGGCUGUAAACAGAGUCACUGCGUCAAGAACGACGGCGUUCUUUACAUUGACAGAUUCCAGUGCCCGUCGGUGAGAAAGCAGGUGGACUUUAAGAAGCUGAAGGCCGACAACCUGUUCUGCCGCGAGGCUCGGGGAGACAGGAGGAAGGAGUUUCCCGACUGCUGUGCCCGUCUUGUCUGUAAACACCACGUGGACGGCAAGCUUGUGCCGCUGCCGGCGCACAAAUAUCCCCUGCUCUAGUCAGGGCUGGGAUGAAACUGCAUUUGCUUGAGUGUGAACCAAAGACGUCUGAAUAUUCGUCCGUGUGUGCACCUUUGGUGCAUCCGAAUGUUCCUAUCGCUUCUUUCGGGCUUUCAGUGCGAGUCUUGUGAUAGUGGUGUAUUGUCUAUUUAUAUGGUUUUUGUGCACCUAAGUAUAUUUUUUUAUUUGUUGGUCGUCUUUUUUGUUCAUCACCAACCUGAUGCUCGGGUAAAUAUAUCUGUCAACCUGAACUGAUGUGACCUGUUGAGACGCCUGGACAAAUCAUUUUUCGUGAUCUUGUCAACCAUAACAGCGUUAUGACCAUCCGUACACCGAUGAAACUUUUGUGAGAGAUGUUAUCAGUCAGAUAGAAUUUAACCCUCAUUCUUUGGUCGAAACGUGGUGGAAUCAAAUUUAGGGUUGAAGCGCGGGUAAACCUGAAACAUGCGAUUUUUCGACCUGACUGAGAUCUGUAACAAACAGAUGCAAAACAAUCUAUCGUUUCCUCCCGAGUGGGGCAGACUUGCAACAACUUAGGCAGUGCAGUUUUCGUCAAUCCAUCAUCGCUGCUGGUCACGUUAUACUCAGCGCAGGGUAGUGUGACGAGUAUAAAAAUAUACAUCACAGAUGUUUUUUUUAACUGCAGUCCUACUGCUUAUAUCCUGAAAUGCAAUAUAUU